GGACGCCCUCCGCCGUUACCGCCUACUACCUCUGCCGUGCCUACGUUGUCCACUCCCUCUGUGGGAGUCGCACCUUCAGGGGCUACAUUAUGGCUGCAAGUUUUUCGUAGUUCUAACCCAACGCUCUUCCUUGGUUAUCCUGUGUGGGCCAUUCCCAUUGUCCUGAUGGAAGACUCUCGUCGAGAAUGAUUCUACAGGGUGGCUCAAGGGUGGAACCCACAGACCUUUGCCGAGAGUAAGUGCGCGACUAGCUCCAAAUAUUGCUUCCUCAGUGAUCGGGGGACCGCCACCGACGGCUCCGCAGCAAGUAGUAGUCCCGCAACAGGGACCGCCACCAGCGGCAGCUUUGUUUAAGGCAUACCCUAAUCCAUCUGUCUUAUCUUGUUGCUGUCCGAUAAGCGAGGAGAAAGAUGAAGCAUCAAGAAGAAGAUGUAGAUGCGUGACCACUUCUAGUUUCCUGUCCAGCUCCUUUUGGAUUUAAGAUGGAUAUGAGUCGUGAGCUCUAAUUUGUCGAGACAGCCGACUUCUUGCGGGACACCAGCAGCACCGCCAACCGUCGUCAGUCCCGCGUCCAACUCUGCACCGCGCCCGCCACUCGUCAAUAAUGUCGCGAAUGUUGUCAGCAACAUGGUCGGUUCAAGUGCAACUACAACUUCCGCACCAUCCAUUUCUAUUGGCACUGGUACUUCUAGUACAUGUGCAGCUUUAAUAUCGUCUAGCACUACGGGCACAAGCGUAGUCGCACCAAGUGCGCCACCACCAGAGAUAGUGGCUCCUGCCGCAGCAGCAACCUCCUCGAACCCUCAAGAAAUCUCAGCUGCAGCAAAUAACUCAAACACAAGUACUCUGCUGAACACGGCGGCGCCGCCACCUUUUGCCGCGCCCACGUCUAUCGCAGCCAGUGUUGCUGCUAGUCCUACACCACAGCAACAGCCUCCAAGUGGUACAGCGAUUCCUCCUCUGGCAUGUCCAGCAACUUCUACGACAGCAACAACCUCGACUACAGCAAGCACACCACAUAACGAUAACUUUAUGGCCAAAUGUAUAUGAUGUACUACUUGUACUCGUACUCCACACUAGGAUGCUUGUUAUCCCUGUUGUAAGUGACUGCCGAAGUAGCCCAUCAGUGCUGUUUCGCUUACUUAUAUCGAAGCCCCCGUAUCAAGUAGAGGCUGCGGCUGCCACUUGAUAUCAAUAAACAACGGAGACAAGAAGGAGAAGCAUUAGUUGGAACAAAUUCAGCCCCCCCUUGUUCAGGAGCUUCUUCUAAGAUGACAAAUGGCGCCAGUGGAGGUUGUACUGCAGGAGCCGGAUCAAACGGAAAAGGGGCGCCUGCGGCUCCAAGGGCUGUGGAUUUGAGCGACUUGAGUCCACCUCCAGCGAUAUCUCCAUUGCCAGCUCGACGCGCUGCAGGGUACUGCAAUUUACUUAGUUGUCAGAUGAUGUCUCCGUUGCCAGCUAGACGAGCUGCAGGGUAUUAUAGAUCAUGUUUUUUCUCUACAUGGACUCGGGAGCCGCUACAUGGACCCGGGAACUGCGCAAAUGGUUGGCGCCGUUUGGACUCAAACAACGAAGCCGGCCAACAAACGGCGCCCACUGUUGAGAAGAAGGGGCCCCCGAUAGAGUUUCCCCCGAGCGGUCUCCUGGACGGGAGCGAAAGCCCUGCAAAUCUGGCUCCACUUUUGUGGGCUUCGAAUGCUCUCGCUACAAAUUUGCAGACCGCCCGGAGAUCGCUGCAGGGCGCUGCACUGACACAGGACGCCGGUCCAAACUGAAAACAGGCAACCGGCAACGGGCGAGUACAGUGCAGGGGGCCGAAAGUUGAACUCCGUAAAGCAGGCGUCGUGGCUUGGCGAGGUGUUUCCCGACGUUUCCACGCACCAAUCUGCUACUUUUGGGGGCUGCUUUGGCAAUGGUAUACUCGGCUGGCGCUGGUGGAGCCUUGGCCAAUUGUUUGCACCAGGCGGCAAAGACGCAUCCGCAAAGUCUUGCGACGGAAUUGCGCAGCGUCGCACUUUUGUACUUGAAAGGACGUGGGGCAUGGGUACACGUGGAAGCUCUGCGCUUUUUAUUCAUGGCACGCUCGGAGUGCCUAGCCAUCGAAUGCAUGGGAGAGCCGGAGCGCGCGUGACGCUUGGCGCCCAACUCACUGGGCAGGCUACUAACUACCCCCGCACACCUUGGACCAAACCCAAAGUAGGGAAGAGGGGGAAUACUGUUAGCGGAGGAAAACUGCGGCGGCCGGCCCUCUCAGGAUGGAGAUGAAAAAAAUGGCGCGCAUCGCCCUCGCUGGCACUCGUGAAGAGCGGAAGCAGCUGAACGAAGCGCGGGGCUUUGCCGCUACUCCAGCAUCUGCAACCUGAAGAAGACCCAAGGCCGGGCGCGAGCGAGCGACUGAAGCGCAAACGCAAGCCAACAGGGCGGCUGACCCGUCCGCGCGCGCUCGUAGCUACGGGGCUGCACCGACCUGGGGCCACUCCAUUCGCGCGGCGCUGGCGAUCAGGGGCGGGCCUGGGCUGGAUGGCUAUAAUUAAGGGCUGACGUGCUGGCAGGCUUUUCCCCAAUCGAAGAGGGCCCCCUCCGUCCGCCGGUCGGUGCUGUCUGCUCGCGCUGCUCCCGUGAAGAAGAACGCACCACCAGGGCAAAGAAGCGCCGAACGAAGGCGGGCAGGGCAUUGGUGCUGAGCCACAGGACAGGGCGCCGGCUUGGCUUUGGCAAAGAGCCACCGGACCAUACAGGGCCACGCCUUUCCGCUUCAGCCCUUGUGUGUCUGGUUUUUCUGUCAGCCAAGGGCUCGCGUAGUGCAUUUGUUUUGACAGGCUUAAAAUUUCUUGCUACCAUGUCACGCAUGUCAGUCAGUGUUCACUCAGACUCACGGGGGGGCCGGCUGCGUGCUUUAUAUUUCGCGCGCGCGAUAUCUCUGUGUUGUGAUGCCGUAGCCAGCGCAACAUAGAAAAUUAACGCUGUUGAAGCCUAAGCUUUGCGCAAAUCUUGCGUCUCCAUGAUCGUCUCCGCCCCCCGUCUCGUGUCUGUCGUGCGUCUGUUGUGUUCGUCGAUUCUGUUUGAAUUUUCAUUAUCCUCUUUCCCUCUGGUGUUGUUCUUAGAAGCCACUUAUCCACUUGUUGCUCUUAUUUCCUCUCAUACAAUAUCCAGGUUCCCACCACCGCUGCCUGGUGUGGUCUUGGACCUAAACGUAUCCGAGCAAAGCAACAUCGCCAAUCAGUGUAUGGAUGAUGACUUUUUCAAUGCACUGCCUCACAAAUAUUGAACUAAAGUGCGACGGACGUAGUAGUUCUAAUUAGUAGGUACUAAAUGUACAUUAUCUAGUCCUAGUGUGGUCAAGAUCAUAAGUAAUUUGAUCUGCAAAGUAAACUCCGACUCCCGCACCUCCUUGGCACAUCACUGAGCAUCUUCUAUUUUGUUCUUAUACUUAUGGCAUAAGUGCGAUGCCCAUUGAUAUUCAUAUUCCAUAUCCGUCCCUAACCCUAUCCUACUUUGUACUACAUCUACACCGUCAUAGUACUUACAAGUAGAGAUAGAGCACACCGAGUAAGAACCACCUUUCAUAAUCUACUACACGCGGGAUGUUUUUCUUGCCUUGCGUUUUUCGAACCCGUGGUCAUCUGGGGUGCGUGUUUUCACUGCAAAAGCGCAGGCAUCAAGAGCUUUGAACGGAAAUCGACUUACAUGCAGCGAAUCUUCUUGGAUGGCACAACAGAUGAAACGUAGUCAAAAAAGAAAGCUAUUGAGCCGUUUCUUCAUAGAGCAUUAGGCUUUUUACAUGAGCUUGAGUACUGCUUUUACUUGUCAUUUUGAUGAAUUAGAAGAUUUUCAUGUACAUGUUGGUUCAUCAAAAUCUAUGUAUCUAUAGCGACAUCGACACUUGAGUUAUUACCUUUCUCUCCACUUUCUCCUCAGAAAAAUGGGAUACGCAUACAGAAGACGACGUGCAGAUCGUGCGGAAAGUCAAGGCGAUUCUGAACAAGAUCUCGGAUCAAACCUUCGAUAAAUUGAGCGAGGACAUCAUCAACACUGGUACUUUAGUAGAGUGUAUUCUGACUUUCCUAUUCAUUCGUGGCGGUGGCUUUGCGUUUGCGCUAUGUGCUUCACCUCGCUGGCGCUGCUCGGCGGAGGCCGCUCGGGUGAGGCGGUUGCCAUUCCUUGCAGAUUAUACAAGGCACCGAUCGGGCCGAAGACGAAAGCGGGUGGCUUCCCCGCCUCUCGCGUCGGCGCUCAUCGUUUCGCGAGUGACCUCCACACUUCGGCCAAACGCGACGCCUCGGCUGGAGGACUAGCGGUGGGGCAUCCGCGGCGGGGGUCCGCCGAUCCGCCUAGGCCGCUAGCAAAUCCACGGCACCGAUCCAACCCAGCGCCGCGACCUUGUGUGGCGCUUAGGGUUUAGGGACGAUGGCGUUCGUGGGCGGUGCAUCUGCAGCAUGCAUCUGGAGAGUGCCACCUGGCUGGAUUUUCAGCGCCUGCUCUUUUUCUUUUGGGGUUUGAUGUCGGCUCUCUCGAGGCGCCAGUAAUCAAGGGCCGGCAGAGUACGGCGCAGCGCUAUCGGACUGGAGAAGUGCCCCGGCCGUAUGCGGAUGGUCGUCGGCGUUGGCGCCUUCAUCGCUCGCGGGGCCUUCAUACAAAGGCCUAUCAGGGACUGACAUCCAGGGACCGCGCCGCGAGCGCUGCGCGCGGCUAACCUUGGUUUCCAGGGCAGGCCGCGUGAAAGAAGCGCUGCCCCCUAGGGGGGUGGCGGCGGUGGCGUGAUUAUUUAAAGCCCCGGCUGGUGGUCGCGGUGCUCCGAGUUGGUUCUCUCGCCUGCCUUGGAUGGCGGUUGGUUCAUCUUAGCCAAGGCAGUCUUGUCGCGGCCCAUCCCCUCCUUGUGGUUUGGGUUUGUAUGCUGGUUUUUAGGCGUUUAUUUUUUCUUUUUUUUAUUCCCAUUACUUAGAAGUCGCAAUGAAACCCAUAUGCUGGUUGGGCGUUUAUUUUUUCUUUUUCAUUAGAAGUCGCAAUGAUCCGUCACUCAAUUGUCAUAAAACAAACAGUACAAUGUCUUCAGGCAUUUACAAGCCGCAGAGCGUGGAAGCAUUGAUGACGGAGGUUUUUGAUAAGGUGACGACGCAGCAUCAUUUUAUCGACCUUUACACUCGGUUAUGUGUCCGGCUGUGUGAGCACUUCUCAUCCGACGAAACGAAGGCGAAGCUUGAAGAAAUGGGUACUCACCUUUUUCUCGUUUAGAAAGAUCGUCUCUUGUUGAAUAUGAAUUCUAAGGCUCCUCUCGGGAUAGCUUUGCCAACGCCAUAUCUUCAAGAUGCAUAUGUGUCUGUUAUAAUAGUAACUGUAACUACAACUGUCACUGUUGUAACUCCUGUCGUGAUGUAAGAUCAUGUUGUAGUUGCCUCUUGUAGAACUAGAACUAGAAGACAACUGUCAAGUUCUCACAGGUGUACCUGCGAACAAGAGCUUCCGGCAUGCUCUUUUGAAUUGUGCACAGACGUACUUUGAGGAAAACCUCCGACCUGAGGAGGGAAUUCUGGGAGCAAAAGUUAAGAUAUUAGACAACCCUUAGAAAAUGUAUGUGAAAUGUUGUUGUUCCAAAACCCAUGAUCUUUUCUUGUUGAGCAUGUUGCUCAGGCAGACAUCGAAGCAAAUCCCUCAAAAGUGACCUCUUGCCAGGCACAUCAAUCAAUCAAUCGAUGCAAGUAAGUAUAUAUUUUAGCAGUUAGGGGGAUACUUGUUGAUAGUUACCCUUUUGUUCUCUUUUCUAUCUUCCUUUGGUCUGUCUUUUUUCUAGUAGUUAGGUCGGCUCCACCACAAAUAUUAUUGUGUUUGGAAGGGUACAGUUCUAUCCAUGUCCUGUCUUCCGUGCGACACAGAUAACUUUUAAGAAUUCCUCAACCUCUAAGACAAUAAAGGAUGAAGCUGCAUGCGAACGAGAGCUGAAGUACAAGACCAAGCUGAUAGGGAACGUGAAGUUCAUAGCGAAGCUGCUAAUCCAUCGACUUCUCGCUGUGAAGCUCUUCAUAUUACGGCCAAUGCUGUGUAGUAUAUUUUUUACGUAGAUGUAAAGUGUCUUUGGUAGCCAUUGGCAUUCCUGAAUGGAAGUAAAAGUCGUGAGAGAAGUUACUACUAGUACUACCUAGUAGAAAAAAGGACUUUCAGUUUUGUUUAUUAAAGUUUUUCAUUUUGCUGUUCAAACAGGAUUUCCAUUUCCAAGAUUCUUGCUAGGGGGACCUCUUCUAAUGUUACCGAUCACGCAAGAGUUGCGACGAGAAGGCAGUGUGAUCGCGUUAGAAUGCUUGGCGGUGCUACUGAGUAUCUCUGGUGAAUUUCUAGAGACCUUCGCUCAGUUACGGCUAGCUUACUAUCCCUAUCUCAUUUCACUAUGUUAAGUGAGUGGACUAUCACUAUCUUAACUGAGUUCCCUAUUCUUGAAGUCUGUCAUUCCAGAGAAAGGGACCCACUCCAUAAAAGAAGAUGGAAAGAAUGCGUAAUCGUAAGUGCUUAGUAAAUUCAUGACGAGUUUCGAGCCUCCAGCGAUAUGUAUGGUUCUGGUAUUUGGUAGCCUGAAUUUGAUCACAAGGCUACUCUUCUUGUUUUUCCUCAUGAUCAAACUCAGGCGACCAAAUACCAGCACCAUUCAAGUGAAAAAGAACAACAGCCGCUUCUUCUAAUUUCGUAUCGUGCCUACCUGGACGACUUGUUUGAAAAUUGUCUGCGUGCAAACAUGACCGACAAGGCGAAUCCGAACCGCCUUCGCUGUCUCCUGAUGGAUGUGGUGGACAAACGGAGAAACAAAUGGCGCAAUUAGCAUCGGAUGAUAAACGCGUUAUCAAGAGCAGGACAAUUAUAUUAAAUAUAUUUGACUCGUCUACUUAUCGAUCCACCUCAAGUGAUAUCGCAAUUAAGUGGAUGACAUACGUGACCAUCAAGACAAUACUCAAGUGAUAUCGCUAGACUGCUGGGUCGUACUAAUUAUAGCACAUACGCAUAAUGCGGUAGUUGUUGGAGAAUAAUAAAGUUCGUUUGAUGGUCGAUGGGGAGUGGGCGGGGAGCAUUCAGUGUCAGCGCUGACUGCCUAGAAAGAGUUUGUGAAUUUAGCAAUAUGACAAUUACUUUUUGAAUUGAUGAAUGACAAGAAGCAGUGACUAGCUCUAGUUGACCCCAAGAAACACAUAAUAUUUAUAGGAGGAGAAGUGGAAACGGGCGACCCCGGUGCGACGGUUCAUACUGUG